AUGAGCGCUCCGCCGCCGCAAGGGCCGCCGCCGGCGGCUCGCCCGCCUGGCCCUCCCCGUCCGCCUGGCAGUGGCCCUCCUCCCAGCAUGCAGUUUCACCGCAAGGGCGUCUUCAAUCCUCUUGUUGCCAGGAAGAAGCCGCGCCCGAAGCCAGCCUGCGCUCUCCCGCCGAAGGACCACAAGGCUUUGAUGGAGCUCAACGCCAGCCAGGCCGCCCAUAAGUUUGACGAGCUGCUUGGCCCCGAGAAUGAAGCUGCUCUGAAGCGCUUGCAGGAAGAACGCGCCCGCAAUGGUGGUUGGAGCGAGACUCCCGAUAACUGUCAGGAAUUCCCGCUUGUCAUGACCAAGCGCUCGAUGCUCGAGGGUCUGCGCUACCACAUCAUGCGCCUCAACAAGAAGACCGACGAGGACAUCGAUGUCACCAACCAAGAACAGUUCCCGCGCCCCGUUACCCUUCUGCGUCGUGACCCCCGUUUGCCUCCGGCCCACAAGAUGAACCAAACUAAAGCAGAGGAGCAGACCCCGCGUGAUCCUGCCGAAGCCGCCGAGCUGGAGCGCAUUCGCCAACUCAAGGCUGAGCGAGAGGCUCAGCGUGCCGCAGACUUGGCCCAGAUCGCGCCCGUUCUGCGUAACAACGAACCGAAGCAGAAACAAAAUAACAACAAAAAAGAGAAGCCAACUGCAUUUUACGGCCGCGACACAGAGGCCCAGAAGAAGGAGAGCCGGAUCCACUAUGAGGAGACCUGGCCCUGGCAUUUGGAGGACGCUGAAGGCAAGGCUGGUGUCUGGGUUGGCUCGUACGUGUCUAAUCUAUCAGACCUCCAUGUUGCGCUUGUCAUCGACGGAAAUCGCUUCCGUAUGAUCCCCCUGGAGCGCUAUUACCGAUUCGAUGAGAAGCCCAAGUUCGAGACUCUCUCACUGGAUGAUGCCGAGAAGAUGAUGUAUGAGGUGAAGGAAAUCAAGCGGUGGGUCAUGAAACAAAAGGAGCAGGAGGCAUUGGAACGUGAGAAGAACGAGACACGCCAGUUCUUGCGCGGUCCCGUCCGCGUUAAGACCGAGAGCGCUACAUCCCGCGCGGCCCGUCGCGACGAGCGCGCCGACGACUAUGAGCUGGACAUGUCCGGCGAUGAGUUCCAGGAUGAUGAUGAAAACCCCGGCUUUGAUGCCGACGAUGAGGAGACUAAGGAGACGAAGAAUCGUCUGCGCCGUGAGCACAUCCAGGCCAACACUUUCGGUGAGGGUGACGACCAGAAGGUCGAACAAGAGGAGCGCGAGGAGCAGCUGGAGCGCCUGCGCCGCAAGAUGCUCGGCAAGCAGACCCUUAAGACAUUGAAGAAGUUUGAGCAUGCUAUGGACUUUGAGGACAUGGAAUCUGACGAUGAAAACAACCCGUUUACGGAUCACGAGGACUCGUCAGAUGAAGAAUCCGAAGACAAGGAGGAUGAAGACAGCAAGAAGGAGCCCUCGGGCGCCAAUACCAAGGGCAACGUGACGCCGUCGAGCAAGCAACGCGUUGACACGAAGAAGGCUCCCAAUGCCGCCAGCAACAACAACAACAACAACAACAACAACAACAACAACAACAACAACAACAACAACAACAACAACAGCAACAAUAACAACAAUAACAACAAUAACAACAGCAGCAGCAGCAGCAAUAAUAAUAAUAAUAAGCUCAAGCGGCCCGGCUCCGCGCAUCUUUCUGAGUCGAGCGACAACGAGAAUGCCCGCAAGAAGAUCAAGACUGGCACCAAGACCGCGCCGGCUACUACACUGCCCAGCCGUGGCGCUACGCCUAUUCCUGGUCGGCCUAAGAACCCACAGGCAUCGGCUAUGAGCGACGGAGAGGCUACCGCCGGCGAGAUCUCUGAUGCGGGCUCUAAGCUCAAGCCCAAGCUCAAGGUCAAGCCCGGCGUGCGCCCUGGCGGUACCCCGGCCGGUUCGCGGUCGGGUAGUCCUGCCCCCUCUGGCGCUCCCAAGCCCAGCACGGGCACCACGCCCACUCCGCAACAGCCUGCCCAGGCGCAGGCUUCCUCUCAGUCUCAACAACCCCAGGCAGCUGCGGCCGCAGUGCCGCCGGCACCCGACCGCAUCCAGCCUGCUGACAUCGCUGCCGCGCUCGCGCCGUAUGCGAAGGAAGGUAUUUCGCUCGGCAACCUGCUGCGCAAGUUUAAGGAUCGCAUCGAUAAGCCUGGCCACAUCUCGCGGUCGGAAUGGAUCCAGAUGGUCAAGCAGACGGCCGUGUAUGGGCCGGAUAAGCUCCUUCGGCCUAAGUGA